AUGGCGACUGAGCCGCUUUCGCUCUUGCCCGCAUCCUCAUCGGGACCAUCCUUCGGCCCCGCGAGUCACCAGGUGGCCGAUUUCAUCCAGUUGGUCAACCUCACUCGUCUCACAAAACUCCUCACCGCCUCCCUCGGAUCCAUUCUUCGUGCUAUCCUUCGCGCCUCGCUCCUCUUCUUUGUCCGACCUGUCGCUCGCUAUCUCGAUCUCGUCGACCACCAACUCGGCCUCAACUAUCAUCCGCAUUGGAAUCUCCUUAUCCCGUCCCAGUCCCCUCAUACCUCUUCGCCGUCUCAUCAUUCAAACUUUCCCGAUCAUCUUCCUCGCCAGAAGACUUUCCUUUUGCCUGCUUUAUCAUGGCGAUUUUGA